GAUAAUCACUUUUUCUUGCCUAGCUUGAUACAGGAAGUCAGUUAGUUUCACUUUGAAACAAAGCAGGAACAGACAAAGUGUUGUGGUGAAGAGACAUGGACAGACUGAAGUGUAUACUGCUGAUACUCUGCUUUCAGCCCUGCUGGCCUUUGCUUCACACUCUGGAACAAGCUGCUCUGCGUUUCAUUGCAUUGGCUGACUGGGGCGGUGUUCCUCUCCCUCCGUACUACACUCCUCAUGAGGAGGCUGUAGCUGCAGAGGUGGACAGAUUGGCCCACACUCAAGGACUGGACUUUGUCCUCAGCCUAGGUGACCACUUCUACUUCAAUGGGGUCAAAAGUGUGGAUGACCCCCGCUUCAAGCACACAUUUGAGCGGGUCUUCUCCCAGCCCUCAGUGCUGGAGGUCCCAUGGUACCUCGUCGCUGGGAACCACGACCACAGAGGCAACAUCACAGCUCAGAUAGUUUACUCUGACAUUUCUCAUCGCUGGAACUACCCACGCCUCUACUAUGACCUCCUAUUUACUGUUCCACAUACAAAUGUGUCAGUGAGCAUUCUGAUGAUUGACACUGUGCUGUUAUGUGGAAACACCUAUGACCAAACCCAGCCUUCAGGACCAGAUGAUUCCAGAGCAGCAGACCAUCAGUGGGAGUGGAUCGAGUCUAAACUGGCCAGCAGCAGGUCAGACUAUGUUGUUGUGGCUGGUCAUUAUCCUGUGUGGUCCAUUGGACAUCAUGGACCAACAUCUUGUUUGGUCAAGAGACUGAGGCCUCUGCUGAAGAAGUACAGAGUGUCUGUGUAUGUGUGUGGCCAUGAUCACAACCUGCAGUUUAUCAGAGAGGAUGAUGGGAGCUCGUAUGUGGUCAGUGGGAGUGGGGUUGUCAGCGACCCUGCCACCAGUCACAGGGAGAGGAUUCCUCUGUCCUGGCAGCUUUACUCCAGUCCUGUCAAUCACACAGUAGGAGGCGUAGCUUACUUCACGGUCACUGAGCAUCACAUGACAGUGGGCUUCAUGCAGACGGACGGGAAGUGUGUGUACCAGGCAGAGCUACCACCACGCACAGUCUGAGGUGGUGCAUCAGUCUUCAUCAGACAUGUUCUGUAGUCACAGGUGGUGAAUAGUGUACAAUGCACACUUUGUACACUUUGGGCACAUUCAUUGUAUUGUUUAUCCUCUUUUUGAAGUCCAGGUAUACGCUGCUACAUUGUAAUGCUGUUUUUCUAUUUCAGUGUGAUCAUUAAUAUGGUUAACUGGCUUUUGAAAGGACAGUAACAUGAGUGUAAUACUGUCAGUUUUGUGUGAUGUACUUUUUGAUAACAUGAUCAAACAAUGUGCACUGUACAUUUGUAUUGCAUCCACUGAAAGUCUGGCUAUGUCCAAAAAUGUAGUUUUGCCAUUUUGUGGUAAUGAUCAAAAUCUUAAUGAGUGAAUAAUGACUGAACCAAUGUCAGUGUUUGAGCAGAUAGUUCCUGAUGUGAAUCUAAAUGUACAACCUUUUUGUACAGCUGUAUGUGUUUACAGAAUGUAGCAUUUGACAGCUUUAACUUCUCUUGUGACAUAAAAUGGAGUUUUGUAAAUAAACAGAUUCAUUUUCUUCAAAAAUGAAUGUCCUCA